ACUUGAACUCCCCCUGAGCCUGGCGUUGCGACCAUGACCGAGGAAUCCCACGUCGGCGACCUGUUCGCCACCGCCGACCAGAAGCAGGAGAUUUCUGAUUUACACCGUGAAACUCUUCCUCUGGUCGUCACUGAGGAGGAAGCUUUGGCUCGCGCCAGGAACCAGCCCGAUGAAGCCCUCCCCUUGCGCAUCACUUUUGGCCCGCAAGAUCGGGACAACCCCCGCUGCUGGGGUCACUGGCGCAAGUGGUACAUCACCCUGUUUGCUAGUUUUCUGAACGUCAUCACAACUUGGUCUUGUGGUUCCUUCUCCUCCGGAGCCACCGGCAUCGCGGAGCAUUUCCACGUGUCUACCGAAGUCACCACGCUAUGCUUGUCCAUGUAUGUGCUGGGAUAUGCCAUUGGACCUGUCUUGCUGGCUCCUCUAUCCGAGUACUUCGGUCGCCAGCCCGUUUAUAUCGUCUCGUGGUUCAUCAUGUCCCUCUUCCAGAUGCCUCUGGCACUGGCACCCAACAUUGGCACCAUUAUUGUCUGCCGUUUCAUUGCCGGUUUCGCAGGUGGUGCCCCGUUGACCAACACGGGCGGUACCAUCAGUGAUCUGUGGGAGCGUAAUCAGAGUGGUGGCCCCAUGGCCUUCUACGGUCUUAGUAGCACGUUUGGCCCGCCCAUGGCCCUGGUGGUCAGCGGCUACAUUGGCCUGAACCUGAACUGGCACUGGAUCUUCUGGAUCAUGAUGGCCAUCACUGGUGGCACCUGGAUUGCCCUGGUCCUCACUAUCCCGGAAACUCGCCACAGUAUCAUUCUGCAGCGUAAGGCAUCCCGCGUGCGCAAGCAGAUGCAACGCGAGGGGCUGCGCUCCGCUGAGACCACCACCGACCUCCACGCAGAAGACCGCAAGGGCCUGCACCAGUUGUUCGCUAUCACCCUCACUCGUCCCUUCCGCUUCCUGUUCACCGAGCCCAUCACCACCUUCUCCGCCAUCUACAACGGCUUCCUUUACGGCCUGGUCUACCUCUUCAACGAAGCCUUCCCCCUCGUUUUUGGCGAACCCAACGGCCACGGCUUCAACGUCGGCCAGCAGGGUCUCUGCUUCCUGGGUAUGGCCAUUGGACCCAUCAUCGCCUGCGCCCUAUCCCCGCUGCAGGAGCGGUACUACCUGCGUCGCGUGGCCGAGAACAGCGGCCGCAGUGUGCCCGAGGCGCGUAUGUGGAUGGCCCGUGUCGGCUCCUUGCUCAUCCCGAUUAGUCUGUUCUGGUUCGGCUGGACCAGCUACCGGUCCGUGCACUGGAUUGUCCCCAUCAUUGCGUCUUCCUUCUUCGGGGCGGGUCUCUACAUCGUCAUCCUCAGUAUCCUCAACUACGUCGUCGACAGUUACCAGACGUACUCUGCCUCCGCGUUGGCCGGUGUCAUCCUCGUCCGGAACCUCGUCGGUGCUGGAUUCCCCCUGUUCGCUACGCAGAUGUACGAAAAGCUCGACUACGAGUGGGCGUCCAGUCUGCUGGGCUUUAUUGCCAUUCUGCUCGUGCCGAUUCCCUUCAUCUUCUUCUACAAGGGUCGUGCCAUUCGGUUGCGCAGUCCUUGGGCGCGCGAGCACUUUGACUCGGAUGAGGAUAGUCCCCAUUAGCCUGGUUCCACUGCAAAAGUGUCUUGUCUUGUCUGUAUAUAGGUGCAUCCGUAUGACGUUAUGAUAGCAAUUAGAUGCUUAAUACUACCACAUUAUGUUCCUCUAUACUCCAUGCAUACUCUCCAUAGUUGUAGACCUAUAGUCAAGGCACUGGGCCUUGACGUCGACAUUCUGAUCCGUUCCUCGCCCCACAAUAUAUAUUCCACCACAAUCCACCUUUGUUAACACCCACACCACUUAGUACUUCACACUUCUCUCACAAUCAAUGUAUAAUCCCUAAAUCGACCCAAUUGCCAUCCUCAUCCAGCAUAGCCAUGCCUAGAAACAACAAUGUACGUAAACAGCGCAACUAUCCCCUAGCGCCAUCAUGGCCAAAUAGCCUCGGUCGGGGGAUAACGGCACAGUGCCGGCUGCGAUCGGAACAAGGGAGUGCUAACGUCACGAGUGUGGCAACUGUAGACCUGCUUGUCGAAAGACCUGCCAUGCUACACCAUGCCAUGUGCUGUGCCAUGUCAGACCCAUCGUGGUGGACAGUGACGUUGGACUGUGGGGACCAAGCGAUUCAAUCUGGGGGAUGGGGUCGGCGAAUCAAGCUGAGAGUCAUUGGUUCAUAGGAUUGCAUAAUAGAGUUGCUGGAUUGGGUUAGUUGGUGUGGGAUUGGGGGUGGAUUAUGUC